AUGUCUUUUCUAAACACGAUCAGGGGUCUAGGUAGAUCUACCAAGAAGAAGACCAAAGAAUAUGAACCACAAGGGAUUCUAUACUCUGGAAAUACCGCAUCCUCGCUGCCGCUGCGCCGCUCUCAACCUGGCGGGCGCAUGUCACCACAAAAGCAACGUGCUUCGAUGAUUCUGUUUGCUCCAUCCUCGCCCACAAAGAAAACAAGAACAAACCGUGCUCGACUGCCGCAACGGAGCUCUGUCACAGACUUGAACCCAAACGAACCCACGCCCCUAUUUUUGUGUCAACCCUAUGUGAAAACGGCGUUGGUGAAGGGUUCAUUCAAAACUAUUGUCCAACUACCCAAGUAUGUAGACUACGGGGAAUGGUUGGCGUUGAACAUCUUCGAGAUGUAUGGACAUUUGAACCUGUUUUAUGGUGUAAUUUCUGAGUACGUGACCGUGGAAGAUUAUCCAACGAUGAACGCCGGGCCCAAUGUAAACUAUACGUGGAGAGACUCUGCUGGUCAGGCCAUCGAUCUCCCGGCUUCCCAAUACAUUGACUUCGUUUUGAGAUGGAUUUCCAAUAAAAUCAAUGAUCAGUCGGUGUUUCCCACGAAAAACGGUGCUGCGUUUUCGCCACUGUUUGUGAAAGACUGCAAAAACAUUGCUCGCCAAAUGAUUCGUAUCUUUGCUCACAUAUAUCACAACCACUUUGAAAGACUCUUACAUUUGUCACUUGAAGCACAUUGGAAUUCAUUCUUUGCACACUUCAUUUCUUUUUCAAAAGAGUUUCACUUGCUUGAGCGGUCCGAAAUGGGACCCUUAUUACCUCUAAUUGAAAAUUUGGAGGCUCAGGGCAAGAUCAUUUAA